ACAACGAAGGCAACAAAGAAGAAAACAUAACCCUCUUCUGGCUAGACUCUUUCUUUAAUUUCUUCCAUUUUCUUUGAACAAAAGAUCAAUGACCCCCAAUGAAGACGGCUCUAUCGGGACCUCCUUGCAUGGAGUCACGGCAAGGGAACAAGUCUUCUCCUUAUCCGUUGAAGAUGGCCUUUCGUCUCAAGCCAUCCGAUCAGAUGAUCCCACAGCUAAGUUCGCCAUCCCGGUUGACUCAGAACACAGAGCAAAAGUGUUCAAACCACUCUCAUUCGCCAAACCACACAUGCGAGCCUUCCAUUUAGGAUGGAUCUCUUUCUUCACUUGCUUCAUCUCCACCUUCGCGGCCGCACCUCUAGUCCCCGUAAUCCGCGACAACCUCGACCUGACUAAAACUGAUAUAGGAAACGCCGGAGUCGCGUCCGUCUCUGGCGCCAUUUUCUCAAGACUCGCUAUGGGUGCCGUAUGUGACCUUCUAGGGGCACGUUACGGCACAGCUUUCUCUCUUAUGCUCUCGGCUCCAGCUGUUUUCUCCAUGUCUUUCGUAUCUGAUGCGGGAAGCUACUUAGCCGUGCGCUUCAUGAUUGGCUUUUGCUUAGCGACAUUCGUGUCAUGCCAGUACUGGACUAGCGUUAUGUUUACUGGAAAAAUUAUUGGACUCGUUAACGGAUGUGCCGGAGGUUGGGGAGAUAUGGGAGGAGGCGUGACUCAGCUACUCAUGCCAAUGGUGUACCACGUCAUCAAACUCACCGGAGCCACUCCUUUCACGGCGUGGAGGUUCGCAUUCUUCAUCCCCGGAUUUCUUCAGAUCAUUAUAGGCAUUCUGGUCCUCACUCUCGGCCAAGAUCUCCCUGAUGGUAACCUCAGUACCCUCCAAAAGAGUGGUCAAGUUUCCAAAGACAAAUUCUCCAAAGUAUUCUGGUUCGCUGUGAAGAACUAUAGAACAUGGAUCUUAUUCGUUCUUUACGGAUUCUCUAUGGGAGUUGAAUUAACCAUCAACAAUGUUAUAUCUGGAUACUUCUACGAUAGGUUUCACCUAACGCUUCACACAGCCGGUAUAAUAGCAGCCAGCUUUGGUAUGGCAAACUUCUUCGCCCGUCCCUUCGGUGGCUACGCCUCAGAUGUAGCUGCACGCCUCUUUGGCAUGAGGGGACGGCUAUGGACCUUGUGGAUCUUACAAACCGUUGGAGCUCUGUUCUGCAUCUGGCUCGGUCGUGCUAGUUCACUCCCUAUAGCUAUCUUAGCCAUGAUGCUCUUUUCCAUCGGCACACAAGCCUCUUGUGGGGCCCUCUUCGGCGUGGCACCUUUUGUUUCCCGACGUUCUCUUGGGCUUAUCUCAGGACUAACUGGCGCUGGAGGAAAUUUUGGGUCAGGAGUUACUCAACUUCUUUUCUUCUCCUCGUCAAGGUUUAGUACAGCUGAAGGACUUUCAUUGAUGGGUGUUAUGGCGGUUGUGUGUACUCUUCCGGUUGCAUUGAUACAUUUCCCGCAGUGGGGAAGCAUGUUCUUGAGGCCAUCGCAACACGAAGAAAGAUCUAAGGAGGAACAUUAUUAUGGAGGGGAAUGGACAAAGGAAGAGAAGAGCUUAGGACUACACGAGGGAAGUAUCAAAUUCGCUAAAAACAGCCAGUCAGAGAGAGGCCGGAAGGCUAUGUUGGCUGAUAUUCCAACACCGGGGACCGGAACUCCAGCUCAUGUCUAGUGAAGGAUAAACACAAUAAAAUAUUUUUCCACAUAUAAACAAUCCUCAAAGAUAGCUUUAUGUUUUCUUGUUUUAUGUUUCGUCUUAUGAGAGAUGUGCCGAGUAAGAUCCUGGCUUCAUAAGUGAGGUUCAGUGAGCCCGGUGCUCGUGAUGUAAAAUGUCGUUCUAUAUGAAAGGCUUCUCCAUCA